AUGUUAAAUUCAACUUUUUCAACAUUAUCAUAUUUAAUUCUUGGAGCUUUUGUGGAUGUAGGGACUUUGAAAUACUUUUAUUUCAUGGUAACUGCCAUGUUAUACAUUAUUAUUAUUAUUACCAACACAUCUCUGAUUGUGGUUAUCUGUAUGAACAGAAGCUUACAUGAACCUAUGUACCUUUUUCUGUGCAGCCUGUUUGUAAAUGAACUGUAUGGUAGUACAGGGUUGUUUCCAUUCCUUCUGGUUCAGAUCCUCUCUGACAUUCACACUAUUUCUGCUCCCUUCUGUUUCCUGCAGAUUUUCUGUUUGUAUACAUAUGCAAAUGUCGAAUUUAGUAACUUAGCCGUAAUGUCUUAUGACAGAUAUCUUGCUAUCUGUUAUCCUCUGCAAUAUAACACUCGUAUGACAUCAAACAAGGUGGUUAUCUUAAUUAUGGUGAUAUGGUUGUACUGUUGUGUGAGAUUCUUGAUUACUUUAUCCUUAAACAUCCGUUUGACCCUUUGUGGAAACACUAUAAACAGUUUAUAUUGUGACAACUACCUUGUUGCUAAAUUGGCCUGUUCCGACAUCAAAGUUAAUAACAUUUAUGGUCUUUUUUCUAUUUCUUUCUCCAUUUUGAUCCCUUUGAUUUUAAUCCUUUUCUCUUACAUGAAAAUUCUUAAAGUGUGUUUUUCUGGAUCUAAACAGACGAGACAGAAAGCUGUCAGUACCUGCACACCUCACCUCGCUUCACUGCUAAACUUUUCUUUUGGCUGCUGCUUUGAAAUACUUCAGAGUAGAUUUGAUAUGACCAGUGUACCCAGUGUGUUUUGUAUCAUUCUCUCACUGUAUUUUGUCAUCAUACAGCCACUUUUGAAUCCUGUCAUGUAUGGAUUGCAAAUGUCAAAAAUACGGAAUACAUGCAAACGUAUCCUCCGGUAUAAGAUGUUUGUCUGUCGCAGAGAUACUAAGUAG